UCCUAGGUGCUCUUGAGCUCAAAUCGUCUUCUUCUCACUCGUAAACUCAGCCAAAGCAAUCACAGAUAAAGUAAAUCGGGAAGAAGAUGGCGGAGGAGAGUCGAAGACCAGGCGGUGGCAUCGCAGGUGGAGGAAUACUGCCGCAGGCAGGAGUCAGGGGUAGCUAUUACGAGGAAAAGAAGCCGGCUUUAGGGGCCGAGGAGGUUGCUCGGGCUAAAAGGGUCGUGCUGAAGAGCGCGGACAUGAAGGAUGAGGUGCAGAAGGAGGCUAUCAACUGCGCCCUAUCUGGGUUCGAUAAACAUGCUGUGGACAAGGACAGAGCGGAAUACAUCAAGAAGGAGUUUGACAAGAAUCACGGGCCAACCUGGCAUUGCAUCGUUGGUCGAAACUUUGGUUCGUACGUUACACACGAGACAAACCAUUUCAUAUAUUUCUAUCUGGAUUCAAAGGCUGUCUUGUUGUUCAAGUCCGGAUGAUUAUUGAUGCAGCUUAGCCUAACUUUGGCUUCCAAAUCCCCCUGCUUCAGCUUUUUCCCAUGCAUUCUCUGUAUAUGAAAAUGGCAUACUUAUCUUGUACGUUGAGUUCAUUCUGUAACGCUUAGAAUUUGAACACCAAUGCACAUUACUGAUUGUAACAUUCUGAUGAAGGUAAUGUUUUUUAUGUGACUAAAUGAUGAUAUAAUCUUCCCAAAUGGUGAAUUAGACUAA